GCCUCCGAUGCGCGCUCUCUCUCUUGAUAUAAUUGAAUCGAUUGAUAGAGUAGGAUUAGGGUUUGAAUCGAAUGGAGAUGGACUAUUUUACGGAAUUUCCUCACAAUUACAUGGAUCGUCGUCCCCGAAAGAGGCCUAGGGUGGGUUGGGAAAUGCCCCAAGCUCAUCAGAAGGCUCAGUCAGGAAUUUUUGGUGGACAAGAUGUUGGAAAUGGAACAAGCUUUCAAUCAUCAAGGGUACUCACAGACAAUGCCAGUCUAUAUGUAAAGGGAUUAGCUCAAAAAGGAUCACCCCCCUGGCGAGAUGAUGACAAAGAUGGACAUUACGUUUUUGCUCUCGGAGAAAAUUUAACUUCUCGCUAUAAGAUCCACAGAAAAAUUGGUGAAGGCACCUUUGGUCAGGUCUUGGAAUGUUGGGAUCGGGAUACAAGAGAGAUGGUUGCCAUAAAAGUAGUGCGGAGUAUUAAGAAAUACCGCGAAGCUGCAAUGGUAGAAAUUAAUGUGCUCCAACUUCUCCGAAAAUAUGAUGGGAAUGGAAGUCGUUGUGUACAAAUACGGAACUGGUUUGACCAUCGUAACCAUAUUUGUAUUGUAUUUGAGAUGCUUGGGCCAAGCUUAUACGAUUUUCUUCGGAAAAAUAAUUACCGCCCAUUUCCGGUUGAUCUUGUCCGCGAGCUUGGCAGACAACUUUUGGAAUGUGUGGCAUUCAUGCAUGAUUUGCGACUAAUCCAUACUGACCUGAAGCCUGAAAACAUACUUUUUGUUUCUCCAGAAUACGUAAAGAUACCUGACUACAAGGUUACUCCGAGGUCACCAACUGAGGGAGUAUGCUACAAGAGGUUGCCAAAAUCAAGUGCUAUUAAGGUCAUUGAUUUUGGCAGCACAGCUUACGAGGAACAAGAUCACAACUAUAUUGUCUCAACUAGGCACUACCGUGCACCUGAAGUUAUUCUUGGUCUUGGAUGGAGUUAUCAAUGUGAUAUAUGGAGUGCCGGUUGUAUCUUGGUAGAGUUAUGCUCGGGAGAAGCUUUAUUUCAGACACAUGAGAACUUAGAGCACCUGGCCAUGAUGGAGAGGGUUUUAGGCCCAUUACCACAGCACAUGUUGAAAAGAGCAGACCGUCAUGCUGAGAAAUAUGUUAGAAGGGGUAGGUUGGACUGGCCAGAUGGUGCAACCUCAAGGGAAAGCAUAAGAGCCGUUCUGAAGCUACCCCGCCUCCAGAAUCUAGUAAUGCAGCAUGUUGAUCACUCUGCUGGGGAGCUUAUUGACCUUUUGCAAGGUCUCCUUAGGUUUGAUCCAUCCAGCAGAUUAACUGCUCAUGAGGCCCUUAGACACCCCUUCUUCAGGGAUCACUACAGGAGAUACUAAGGGGAGUCUGGUUUGUUGAUCACCACAAACGGUGUUUGCUUGGCCCAUCUUUUAGGUCAUAGCUCUAAAUAGAGCGAAACUGGCUUCUGCAAAAGAUUGCAGUUAUUCUUGUCUCAGUGAAGGGCCUGACCAGGAAUCUUGGUUUGCUAUAUAAGCUUUUACUUUGUUGAGCUUUUUUGUAAAUAAUCAAUUGUUUGGAGAAGCUCCAUAUCAAAUCCAUUUUUCCUGGGAAGAUAUGUUGUAGCAUUUUUCUUGUUGUAUCAGACCAAGUCCACAUUUUAAAGGGAGAGUUGUUUCUUGCGUGAUUCCUCAACCUGUGGAGAAGACUGUAUACUUAAAAGACUUUGAUCAGGGACAUUUGGAUUGUCUGGUCUGUAAUACAACCAUAACUAGUUAAACCCAAUAAGAAUAUCUAAUCCUGGCAGGAUUUGCGUGCAA